CCACCCUCGCCCAUUCAUUGCCUGUGGAGAUCGCUACCUCCCUCGACUUGCAGGGUCCUACUGCAUCCCAUGGGCUGGAGGUAUUUAUGCGGAUGCUAAAUCCCACAUCUUUUCCACGGUUGCCAUCCAUCUGAACGAUCACCAGCCCCGUAAGUGCGGGGUACGGUUAACGGAUAGCUCCGGGGAACUGCCAGAAUGGAUAUGCGCAAGAAGAAGAGAAAGGUCCUCUUGAUGGGCAAAAGUGGAUCGGGAAAAUCGUCUAUGCGCUCAAUUAUCUUCAGCAAUUAUGUUGCGAAAGAUGUCCGACGCCUGGGUGCUACCAUUGAUGUCGAGCACAGCCAUGUCAAGUUCAUGGGGAACCUCACGCUGAACCUCUGGGAUUGCGGAGGACAGGAUGCAUUCAUGGAAACAUAUCUCGCGUCUCAGCGAGGGAACAUCUUCUCCGACGUCGCGGUCCUGAUCUACGUCUUCGACAUUGAAUCCCGCGAGGUCGAGCGCGAUCUUGACACCUACAACGCGAUCAUCAACGCCCUGAAAGAAUACAGUCCCAAUGCCUACGUAUUCUGUCUUGUGCAUAAGCUGGAUCUCAUCCAGGCCGAGCACCGCCAACGCAUUUACGAGGAACGGUCGGCCUUGAUCCGCAGUCGUUCGGAGCAUUUCAGUAUCGACACCUUUGGCAGUAGUAUCUGGGAUCAAUCGCUCUACAAAGCGUGGGCCGGCAUCGUCCACAAACUUAUUCCAAAUCUGACUGUCAUUGAGCGCUUCCUGCAAGCCUUCGCCAAGCGAAUUGAUGCCGAGGAGGUCAUUCUGUUCGAACGGUCGACCUUCCUCACCGUUACUUCCGUUUCCUCAGAAGUAGGCGACAUGAACCCCAUCUACGAUCGCCAUGAACGUCUCUCCAACAUCAUGAAAGCCUUCAAGCACUGUGCGGCCCGAAACACUCAUACAACCCCUGCAUCUGCCGGUUUCGUUGUCAUGCACACCAAGACUCCGCAGUUCAAUGUCUUCCUCGGCCGUUUCACAGACAACACAUACAUUUUUCUGGUUGUGCCGCCUGGCGAAGCAGCCUACAACUGCGCCGUUCUCAACACCAUGCUAGCUCGCGAGGGCUUCUCCAAAGCCGCCGCAACCGGUCACGGGGACGGGUUUCCCCUCCCUGCGGCUGAAUCCCCGGACAACAGCAACGGGACCCAUUGAUUUGACUACUCAACCGGCCGCCAACGGCCAUCCCUCAAAUCAGCCAAGCACUUUACCGAGUAUGAAACGAAAAAGGACCUGCACGCCUUAUGACAAGAAAAAGAAAACAGCUUCUUACUUCACUACAACAACCAAUCAAUCACCUAUUAGCCAGCGUCGUCACACACGGCAUUCUAGCCUACGAAAGCUAUGAGCAGAAAAAAUGUGUGGAAAGUACGUAAUGCAAAACGAAAACAAACCUGUUUUAUUAAAAGACAAAGAUACCCUACUUAGCAUGCAUGGCAUUCUAUAUGUAUGUAUACUGUUCUUUCUUCUCUCUCUCAAACUCACCAUAUCAUAUUAUAUCAUACCAUACCAUACCAUACCAUAUCGAUCUUAUCUUUUCCAAACUCUCUCUCCUUAUCCAGUUCCAUACUUUCUUCUCAUUCUGUAACAUGCCGAUUGACUAUGUUUCUGGUCAUUGUGUUUCACGGCUGGUAAAAGUUAUUGUCUUCAUUUGUUAUGACUUUCUCCACUCAUUCGCCCAUAUCUGUUGGUUCUAUAUUGCACGGUCAUUAUACCUGUAUGUUGGAAAAAAAAGACGAUGAAGAAAGACGAAGAGGACAGUGAUGGAAGCGACUAUGCCAUACAUUGUAUGAUCGUGAAUUAGCGGAAGAAAAAUACAGUAUACUAUGAUUACUACCAAUAGUAAAUAGAAAGUAUUUGAUGUGGUU